AUGACAUUCUUAUGUACAAUUAGUGGCGUUCAACCUCAGGAACCUUGCUUGAGUAAAACAGGGUAUAUUUUUGAACGAAGACUAAUUGAAAAACACUUAGAAGAAUCACCAGUUUGUCCUGCAACCGGAGAACCUUUGACACCUCAAGAUUUAAUCAAUAUUAAAACUGAUGUUGUAACUAAACCGAGACCAGUAACGGCAUCGAGUAUUCCAGGAUUGCUGUCGUUACUACAGUCCGAAUGGGACGCUCUUGCAUUGGAAACUCAUAACAUGAGAUCGCACGUUGAUGAAGUUAGAAAACAAUUAAGUUAUUCACUUUAUCAACAUGAUGCCGCAACACGCGUGAUUGCAAGACUUAUCAAACAACGUGACUCUGCUCUACAAGAAGUUGAAGCAUUAAAACAACAAUUGUUACUUUUUAGAACCAAUUAUGAUGUUAACUCCCUAGAAACAGAAUUUGAUAAGGAUACAAUGGUACGAUUGCAGGAUUUGGCAAAAGUAUUAUUAUCCGAGAGAAAGAAGAGAGAUUUGAGUGGAUAUUUAGAUGCCGAGGCAUUUUCGAAGUUUAAAUGUGCAGGUGAAUUCAGACUUCACUCCUCAACUAAGCCUGGCGUGCUCUGUGUAGCUUUGGAUAAGAGUAAAAAUGCGCAAAGUCUUGAGGAAAGUUUCUGUUUCACCGGUGGCAAUGAUGGAAGUGUUGUGUACUUUGAUUUAUUCAAUCAGAAAACUGUUCAUACACUCAAUGGACAUAUGAAACCCGUAAAUACAGUUGUUACACAUCCACUUGACAAUAUCGCUUUAUCAGGUAUUACUGUGCUUAGUUACAGAGCUUGUUUAAUUCCUUCUGGGGUUUUAAUUAUUGGUGAUAAUUUCCUAGGAUCUGAUGAUAGUACUAUAAGAGUAUGGCGUGAAUUUGAAACUGAGUUUAAAUGCACAUACGUGUUAAAGCACCAUAAAACAUCAAUAAAGAAUUUAGCAAUGCACCCAAGUGGUGAAUACUUGUUAUCACUAUCAUCGGACGGUGUUUGGGGUUUAUGUAAUAUUGACUCGGGUAAAGUAAUUAAAAUGCAUAGAAAUGUUCCUAAAUGUAAUGCACUGAAAAUACAUCCAGACGGUCUUGUUUGUAUUGGAGCAGCUACCAAUGGUACACUACAAGUUUGGGAUAUACGUGAUUCCACACUCAAGGAUCCAAUCACGACUAGUAGUGCUGGUGUGAAUGGCGUAAGUACAGCUAAUGGCGUGAGUAGUGCAUGGGUAGAUUUGGAUUUUAACGAGAAUGGAUAUUAUUUGGUUAGCGUAUCGGAAGCGGGUGAAUUAGUAUUAUGGGAUUUAAGGAAGCAAACCGUUAUUAAUACUUUUUCGUGUAAUGUUAAUCCUACAAGAGUCAAAUUUGAUCAAUCAGGAUUGUAUAUGGGAGUGAGUAGCACUAAGGUAGAAGUGCUUUAUAUGAAGGAAAAGAGUAAAUUUGAAUUAGUCCAUACACUUGAAGGGCACAACGCAAAUGUUACAGAUCUUGAAUUUGGACCAUAUUCCAAAUUCCUACUAACAACCUGCUUGGAUAAAUCUCUAAGACUUUAUAACUAA